AUGGACAAAUUUUUGGUGCGUAAACCAGCCAAAAGCCAGCCUCAGCUUGAGCUUGAGNGAAUGGCCACCAAAAGGAUGACAAGAACGACAAGUUGGAUUCCGUAUUUGCGGCUGGCCAAAACGUUGGAGAGAAUCGAGAACACAUCGUCAAGGUUGGAAAUAAUUCGAAUUUUGAGUGAGUUUUUCGCGGAAACACUCCGCCAGGAUGCACACGAGCUCACAGAUUGUGUCUAUUUGUGUGUGAAUCAACUGGGUCCGGCGUACGAAGGUCUUGAGUUGGGUAUCGCUGAGGGAACGCUGAUUAAGGCUAUAGCUGAGGCAACAGGCCGCAAGGUAUGCAAUAUUUUUUGA